AACAAACAAUUGAAACAAAAGUGAAAACACAAAUAACAAUGCACAGAGCAGAUUCAAAACAUGUCAUAUAUUUUAAAUUGAAUUUGUAAAUAGUUUGGCAAUAAUAUAACAAUAUGUUAUAUCAGCUCCAUGAAGCCUGUGCGGCAGACAUGCCGCCGGCGGAAGGAAUCGACCCGGGAAGCUCCAUGACGAAGGUCUCUUAUGCGGUGGCGGUCAAGGAUCCCAUCCUAGGCCAGCGACUGCACUCUCAGAACGUUUCCUUUUCCGAUGCGGCGGACCUGGGUUCCUCCGGAACCCUCAGUGGAUUUCCGUCGAUUUCCUUCUCUGUCAACGAGUUACGGAUGCUCUCCCAUCCUUUUCGGUACGCUCUUGUUGGCACUUUUCCAUUCGGUCGCCCCCCCAUAUCUGCCAUUCGCAAAGCUUUUGCAGCGAUAGGGUUUUCUCAACCCUACUCGGUCGGUCAGAUUCAAUCGAACAUUUUCCUGGUAAAUUUCAAAUCAGAUCUCGAUUUUCACAAAUUUUGGGAUAAAAGGUCCUGGGAUUUUUUUGGGUUCCAGAUGGCGGUAACCAGAUGGACGCCGACGUUUUCUGUCGAGCGAGACUAUCCUAUUGCCCCCAUCUGGAUCUCCCUCGUCGGACUUCCCAUCCACCUCCAUGACUUACGUGCACUGAAAUCAAUUGCUAAACUGCUGGGGAAGCCCAUCAGAAUAGAUAUGCCUACUGCAAACUUUUCCAGACCUUCUACAGCUAGAAUUUGCAUUGAGAUGGAUAUUUCACUUGAUCUGCCACCAAAAAUCUGGAUUGGAAAUGGUACAACAGGAUUUUUUCAGCCUAUUGUGUAUGAAAAUUUACCAUUCUUUUGUAAUUUUUGCUCUCGAUUUGGCCACACUGAUUCAGAUUGCCCCAAAGGAACUACCUUAGCCCAAAACUCUUCCAAAAAACAGGUUAUGGAUGCUACAUGUAGUGCCCCUGUUUUGGAAGAACUUCCAACAGGCCCCAACUGUUCUGUGGCUAAACCUGUUGUGAGUACAGCCCCUGUUUGUGAUGCUGCUUUACUUCCUAAUAAUCCAGAUGCUAAUAGUACAGGUCCUUUACCCACUGAUGAAUCUAUUGAACUCCAAACUGAUGUUGAAAAUGUGAAUGAUAGCCAGGUCUCCAAUGUGGAUGUGGUUCCUCACCACGAUGCUGAUCUAGGUCCUUUGUCCACUGUUUCUGUAGCUACUGACCUGCAAACUGUUGCCCCACCGGGUGAGAAUAAACAACUACCAUUUAAGCUGACAGCUACACGGAGUCACCACUACUCACUUCUGACCAUAUACCGAGUGAUUCUGAUAUGGUUGUUUCAGCACAACCCUCCCCCCCUUUGGCUUCAGUCAUUGCCAUCUCUUUGGUUGCUUCGGAACUACCUUCCCUAAAAGCUUUUGAGGUUCCUGGAACCGGUGAUACCUUUCAUGAUGCUGCAAUUGCAGCCCCUCUUUCAGAUGCCUUUGAGGAUCAUCAAAGGCAACAUACAAAUUUUGUACUUUCUGAUGAAAAAACAAAGUCAAGUGCCCCCGGUGAUGCAACAUCUUCUACAAACAAAAUUUAUUCACGAACAGAAUUUGAUGCGACCCCGGUGGCUACCUGUAAAAAGGCGGUAACCGAGGGAGUUCAAACUAUACGUGCAAGUCCCACUCUUGGAAUUCCGUUUGAUGCUAAAUUUGGAAAUGAAGAGCAAAAUUCUGAUCCAUAUUUGGCAAUUAACCGUGCAGAUACUUCACUUGCAGAUACUCCCCAGUCCAAUGAUGAUAUUAUAUGAGGACACCCCUCUUAUUACUAACUUUUCUAAUGCAGGUCAUCCACACUUACCACCACAGGAAGACCUAGACGGCUUCACUCCAGUGAAGGCAAAGAAAAAUAAAGGCAACUGUGCCACGCCCCAAAAUGCAAAUCCGGAACCCAGACAACUAUUCUACGAGGUGGGAUACACAUCACACCCGAUGAUCACAAGAAGUCAAUCAAGACGCCCGCAAGAUGAAGAUGACUAUUACAUUUACCCGGUUGAUGCAAGGCUGGACUCUCCACACAAACUGGCUAUGGCACUCGCACGAUACAGGUCCUCCAAACCGGAAGCAAAAACAUAUCAACCAUAUCUCCGAAAGGCUAUUCAGUUCCAUAACAGAUAUAACAGAUCCAUUUCGUCUACAGUCGGGAUACCCUCAAAAAAUUUCGACUGUUAAACCCUUGUUUUUAGCAGCUUUUGACUUUACGCUUUUCCUUAAAAAAAAUCUAUAUAUACACAAUGGUAAGAAAAAAAAAAUGUUAAAGAAGUGAUUUGUUGCUCAGACAAUACAUUAGGAUUUGAUUAAGAUAGGAAGCAUA